GAAAGUGUCCGCGUGCGGGAUCAACAGGGCUGAUGAAAUUAGGACGUUCUAAGUUUAUUUUAAAGUGUUUUUCCUCACAGAAUUAUUUCACCCCUACAGGUUUAAAGUGAAUUUAGAAUUUCCGGUCUGUUGGGAAGACGAACCGUGAUUUUCUGAGGUUUAAUGGCCGCGUUUCAACCACCGGUCGGAAGUUCCAUGAACGCGUCUGACAGCGACUCGGAGGACGAGCCGAAGCUCCCUCUCAGCCAGUUCUAUCCGUACAUCCGCUGCGCCCUGUGCUGCGGCUUCCUCAUCGAUGCCACCACCAUCACGGAGUGCCUGCACACGUUCUGUAAAAGCUGCAUCGUGAAGCACUUCUUCUGCAGCAACCGCUGUCCCACAUGCAGCAUCGUGGUGCACCAGACACAGCCGCUCUACAACAUCCGGCCGGACAGGCAGCUGCAGGACAUCGUGUACAAAAUGGUCCCCUUACUGGAAGACUUUGAGCGAGAACAGAUGUGUCAGUUCUACAAAGAACGAGGGCUGCAGGUUCCCAAACCAGCGGCGGCGUUCCCCCCGGCUGCCGUGGAGCCCGUGAAGAGGCAGAAGAAGGACAACGCCCCCCAGUCUGUGUUCACCAUUCCCCCGGAGCUGGAUGUGUCCCUGUUCCUGGUCUUCGUGGGGGCUGAAGAGGGAAUCAGCAACUAUAAGCCGCUGGAGAGGCGCUACAUCCAGGUGUCGGGGAACGCCACCAUUCGCCACUUGGAGAUGUACAUCAGGAAGAAGAUGGAGCUGAGCUCGACGUGCCAGGUGGACGUGGUUUGUGGAGAUCACCUCCUGGACCACUACCAGUCCCUCAGAGACAUCCAGAGCUCAGUGGGCGAAGACGCCAUGCAGGACGGUCUGCUGGUGCUGCACUUCGGCCUGGUCCUGCCCACCCCGCCCUGAACUCCCCGGCCGCACCCCCUUCAUUCCCAGACUCCCGUUUAACGGGGAGUCCUGUUUACAUGCCGGCACCAGAACCGCGGACGAGCUGGAAACCGUCUCGGGUCGCUCACGAAGCUCAAACCAACGAAAACGCAGAGAGACCAGAGAGGCGCCGGCGAGGCGCUGGAAGCUUGAGUUCAGACAAAUAGCUGCUGCUGCUGCUGCUGCUGAAACUGGAUUGAUUUACUGUAUUUUCCUCACUGGUUCUCAUUCUCCUUUCCAUUCUUUGACUUGAAUUGCUGUAAUUUAAAAGGGCUUGGAGCAGAAGAACUGCCACAACCAAAGGUGUCUGUCUGUUUACAGUGUUUAUAUGGCAGAGACGUCCAUUUACCAGUCGGUAACUUUUCUAAACAGAACAAAAGGGACUGUGAAUUAACUCUUUUUGAAGAAGGAUUUUAAUAAAACCUUCUACUUGGUUUUGUUGAAUUUAAUAAAAUU